AAGUGUAUGCAUGACAAUUAGAUAUCCAUAUAAUAUACUUGAGAAAAAAUACAUUAAAAAAAAAACCUGAAGUUGGUCGCACAACUUACUUUAGCACUUAAACUAUACGGGUGUUUAAGUACCAACAUCCUUGCUUAACAUCUUUGAAGUGUGUUAAAUACAACCUGAGAGUAGAAUACCACUCUCACCUGCCAUAUCAUAUCCAUAUAAGCACCACGUCAGAGCGAUGUAAGCACCAUGUCAUGUAAGCACCACACCUUUCAAUCUUUUCUUUUGCUUAUUCACUUUUUUCUUACACAUUUUCUUAAAAUUCAUUACAAUAAUCAAUUAAUUAAAAAUGCAUUUUAAAAUCAACUUGCCACAUUUUCUUCCACCCCUACUCUUCUACGCCUCCCCCCUUUUCUUCUUUCUUCUUUCUUGAUUUUCACCAUUUUCAACCUUUACUAGCUUCUUUUUUUUUUUUUUGAAUUUUCAGCCUUCAAUGGUUGUUUUCUUCUUCAACAUUCAUCAUAUUUUUUUUUAAAAAAUAGCAUACUUACUUUUUUCUUCUUCGAACCGUCUCUCUCCUACAAAUUUGCCCCUUGGAGAAUGAUAUUUUUUGAAAGUUAAAAUGAAAAAUGAAGAUUGUGUAAGAAAGUUGAUAGACCCAUAUUUUUUGCAUCACAAUUAAUAUAAUUUAUAAUGGGUUACUUAUAAUUCAAAGUAGUUUACAUUCAAUAAUAUAAAUUGUGUGUUGGAUUUUGUGAUUAAUGAAGGGCGGGUGAGGUGAGGAAUGAAGAUCAAGAAAAAAUUUUAAUAUGAAAAAGAAAGGUAUAAGGAGUGCUUCGUGGGGGAAGAAGACAAUUGGGGGAGACUACAAAACAAAGAGAGAACAAAAGAUCAAAUAUUUUUUUAAAAAACUUGAAUCCACAAAUUUCAUUUACUUCGAAAUUUCACAUUUUUUUAACUUUAAGUUGAAAAAAAACUUUAAACAUUAUUAGUUAUAUAUUGGCCAAUAAAAAAAUGCCAUUGAUACGAUUUUAUCUUUCAGUUUUUUUAUUUUUAUUAAUUCAAGCGCUUUGAGGAGUGAAAUAAUGAAACGUCCGUAUAGUUAAAGUAUUAAAGUAAGUUUUGCUGCCAAGUUUAGGUGGAGUUUGAAGUGUUUUCCCUAUUUUCCUUGUGUGUGUUGUGUGUGUGCGCGCGCGCGUGCGUGCUUGCGCGUGUGUGUAAAAUUUUAUAGCCAAGUAGAAUGCUUCAACAUGAAAAUUGUGAUAAACAAUAUUCGUUGUGUAAUAAACUAAUCUCCAAGGAUUGAUUAUAAAAUUUGGUUGAAAAUAGAAACUGUCCAAUUGAAGAAGCAACUUGGAUUUUUUGGCUUUUGUUUAUGGAAUUGACAUUAGGUGGCAUGAUAAGGGAUGUAUUAGUUAUAGCAUAUUUUAAGAAAAUGAUCACAAGUUUCAACACUUUGCCGUCCAAAUCUAUGGCUAGGGUUGGAUCAAAUUUUAAGAAGAACAUAUAAGCUGAAUCAAAUUAAUAACAAAGAGAACUUCUCAAUUUCAUAGUUUGACCUUAGCAAAAAAGACUUUAUCCAACAUUUUUUAAUUGAUCUUGCGUCUCUUCAAACGUUUUCAUCCAUGGAUACAUUACUUCUUGUUCAAUAUAUGACUUGACCUAGCUAACGUUGAGCGUCGAACAAUAAAUCAUGGCCUGUUGGUGUGUAUAUCUGAUAUAGGUGCAUAAUGAUCUUAAAAAACUUAGCUUAAUUCAAUUGAUAAAGAAAUUUACUAUAUUAUCAUCUAUGCAUACUCUAUUUGUUGACGGAGAAUCAUCGAAUUCUUUCCAAUGGAGGUACAAUGUAUUUCUAAGUUUCAGUGGUGAAGAUACUCGAAAAAGCUUCAUCAGUCAUCUUAAAUUCCGAUUGUGCCAAGUUGGAAUUAGUACCUUUUUAGAUGACGAGGAAGUGAGGAAGGGCGAGGUCAUUUCAACAAAACUUGAAAAAGCAAUUGAACUAUCUAGAGUUUCCAUUGUUGUUUUUUCGAAAAAAUAUGCUUCAUCUAGUUGGUGUCUUGAAGAACUUGUUAAGAUUCUCGAAUGCACAGAGAUGUUGAAGAAGGUUGUUUUGCCUAUAUUCUAUGGUGUUGAUCCUUCUCAAGUACGCAAGCCUGUUGGAUAUUUUGAUGAAUCUUUGACUAGACGAUUUGGGGUACAAAGAACGCAGAAUUGGAAAACUGCACUUACUAAAGCUGGACAUUUAUCUGGAUGGGAUUUCCGAAAUGUUGUUUAUAGGUUUGUUGAAAUGCCAAGACAUCUUGAAUCAUUGAAAGUCGGAGGUGAAAAUUUAGAAGGCAAAAGGAGAUCUUUUGGAAGACGAGUCCAUUGGAUACAAUCCUUGUCGACUUCUCUUUCGUGUGUAAGUCUUAUAUAUUGUGGCUUCUCCGAGACUGAUAUACCAACGGAUAACGGGAAUUUAUACAACUUGACUUAUCUAAAUUUGAGUGGCAACAGCUUUCCAUGUCUACCCUUUGACUUUUCUGAGUUACAAUGGUUGUGUUCAUUGCGUUUGAAUGACUGAGGAUCUUGAAACACUUCCAUCAGUAUCCAAUUUAAGAUAUCUUCGGACUUUUGAAGUUGCUAAUUGCAGGAAGUUGGUCAACAUUGCAGGGAUAGAAGAUCUCCCAUCUAUAGAGCGGAUCAACAUGCUUAAUUGUACUUCUCUGCAGAAUCCAAUCAAAGAAAGUUUUUUUAGUGCACCUGCUGUAGCAUUUCCAUCUAGAGAAUAUCUGU